GGCCUGACACGAGCCGUUCACUGAGCGGUGACGUCAGCGCGUUACGCACGGUCCUCGGCGCAGUCAUGGAGGAAGUAAGAGUGUUUCCCUUGACCUGUGCAGUGCAGAACUACGCAUGGGGAAAGAUGGGGCUGGACAGUGAGGUGGCCAAGCUGGUGGUUGGUGGAGACCCGCUCGCAGUCAUAGAGGUGGAUAAACCCUAUGCAGAGCUGUGGAUGGGGGCCCACCCCAAAGGCGACGCUCAGAUUAAGGACAACCGGAUCGCCCAGACCACCCUGGGCCAGUGGAUCGCUCACUACCCGGCCUGCCUGGGCUCCAAGGUGAAAGAGGCCUUUCAGGGUCAGCUGCCGUUCCUCUUCAAAGUCCUGUCGGUCAACACGGCUCUGUCCAUACAGGCCCACCCCAACAAGGAGCUAGCCGCCUCUCUUCAUGCACAGUUUCCAGAGCACUAUCCAGACAACAACCACAAACCAGAGAUGGCUAUCGCUCUCACGCGCUUCCAGGGACUCUGCGGCUUCAGACCAGUGGAGGAGAUCCUGGGCUUCCUUCAAGCUGUUCCAGAGUUUCACGCUCUGGUUGGCAGCGAGGCAGCAGAAGAACUGCGUAGCAGCGUCGGAGACGAGCUUCGGACCAGCCGGGCUCUGAAGAAGUGCUUCUCUAAGAUGAUGAGCUGUGAGAAGAAGGUGUUUGUGGACGAACUGAACGAGCUGGUUAAACGGGUCAUGCAGGACGGUGCAGCAGGGAAGGACACUUCCAGCAGCAGUGGGGAUCUGCUGCUGCGCCUGCACUCCCAGUACCCCGGAGACAUCGGCUGCUUCUCCAUUUACUUCCUCAACUACGUGGUGCUGGAGCCGGGCCAGGCCAUGUUCCUGGGAGCCAAUGAGCCUCAUGCCUACAUCUAUGGAGACUGCAUCGAGUGCAUGGCGUGCUCAGACAACACCGUCAGAGCUGGACUGACCCGUAAAUACAUCGACGUGAACACGCUGUGCGAGAUGUUGAACUACAUGCCUGCAUCUGCCUCCUCCAAGAUCUUCCCGUGCGUCCCCGACCUCGCUGACCCCUGUGUUACCCUGUACGACCCCCCGGUGCCGGACUUCACCGUCAUGAAGAUUCAGGUCCCAGCCUCAGUGAAGGAGUACACCAUAGCUUCCGUCGACAGCGCCAGCAUCCUGUUGGUCAUCCACGGCGACGCCACGGCCACCUCCGCCGCCGCUUUCUCCGACAUCACCCUGCGGCGGGGGACUGUCCUGUUUGUCUCAGCUAAUGAGAGCGUGUCUCUGCAGAUCUCCUCCCAGUCGGGGAUGACCCUGUUUCGAGCCUGCAGCCUUCUGUAGCAUCCCGAGCUGGCCGUGUCGCUGCAGUUGGUCCGACUACUGACGUGCACUAAUUGGUAGGGGUAUUAAAAACAGCAGAUCCAGUUUUUGUAACGGCAUCCAUUGCUCUUUUUUAACACCUUGAGGAUCCCAGCAGCUUUUUUAACAAUUCCAGGAUUAUGGUGUAGGGUAAUCAUCAGUUUGAACCCUUUCUUUACCUCUAGUGCCAUUGCAGCGUUUAAAUGAGAACCUGUGCACAUCCCAAGUUCUGUAUUGGUGCUGGACCUUACGUUAUUCCCAGAGCUCUGUAAUCAUUUCUGAAACAAACAAAAAUAAAAAUAAAGUGCUGAAUCAACAGCAGUUUCUCAUCAAGCAUCUUUGCUGUAUUAUAAAAUGUUCACGCUCAUUUAUUGCACCACCUACUGGUCGUGUGAAGUACUACUUUGAAAACACAGCAGUGGUCUGUUUUAAAAAGCCAGCAACUGUCUUCCACUGGGAUCACCAGCAGAGGUAGCAAUCUAUGAAACUCUUAUCACUACAGUGACAUGUAGCUUAGCAACAAGGAUUCCCAUGCAUGCCGAUAUUUAUUUAGAGCUGUCACACAUCUGAUUGUUUGCUUCCUGCCAGAUACAUUGAAACUAAGCUGCAGAGUUUACUAGUUUGGAUCAGAGAUCACUUGCUUUUGGUUUGAAAAUCUAAACAGUGAUUAAUGUGGAGCUUCAGGAAUGCUGUUUUUUUUUUUUUUUUUUUUGCAGCUUGCAUCAGUGCUUGAUACGUUCAUAGCGACCCUUCUUGUACGACGAUACGCUGCAUGCAUGGGGAGGGUUAGGGUGUUGCUUUGGUGAAUCCGUCUUUUAACAGACAUGCUUGUUGCUUCAUGUUUUCCGUUUGAACUGCAGAACCGGGGUUUUACGUCCAUCUCUGCAGGCUCAGGUCGGUGCCUGAAGCUCCAACACUGUAAACAGAAGCAGAGUUUUAAACCAAUAACGGAUUUUUCACAUCAUGCAGACGAUCAUUAUCCAUUGAGUUUACAGUAGCGUCUUGAUAAUGUCUUGAAUUGGUUUUUGAUUACCGUGGUAACAGCUUCAGCUGGUUUUGGGGAUUCUCACCGUCUGCUGUUUGUCCUGUUUCAUCAAAUAACAGAUGUUUCAAUAUCGUAAUGGUUUCAUUAUGUUAGAAAUAAAUAUAUCUUUGUCUUUUCUGUAAUAGUUUCAAGUUGAGACUCUUUACUUCACGUCUGAUUAGGAGAUUAUAAGCAUUUUUUAUUUAAAUUCAAGGUUCCCCUUGAUUUUAUUUUCUCAGGAGUGUAAUUUAACUUUUUCUGUAUAAUCUUGAGCUCUCCUUGUUACAAGCUGAAUUUAAGGUUUCACUUGUUUUAACAAUGGAGGAAGGAUGGCAGUGAAGAAAAGCUUUAAGCUCCUGUUUCUAGAAGUUUCUACUCUACGAUUUGAACUUCCUAUGAAGUACGGCUACAGAACAGGGUCAAAACAAGCUCAGCUCAUUUAUAGUUGACCUCGAAAUAUUUAAAUGUCGUUGUUCUGCUGCCUCCCAGUAAACUUUCUCUGAAUAAAUAAGUUCAACCUGCUGCUUUUUCCUGGAGGUUUUCUCUUCAAACGCCUCCAUUCAUUCAUGUUGCUGAAAUAAAAGAAUGGAAAUAUCCCCGUUUUUUUUUUCCCUUAAGUGAUUUUUCUGUUUUGCAACUCUAACACCACAUGUAAUUUUACUGUGUUUUGUUUUCAGCUUCUGUUACUGAUCUUGUCUGUUUCAAACACUGUAGAUGGACUGUGAAAUGUUUCUGUGGGGAAAACCUCUCGAAUCCUGUUAAGGUUUAGAGGUUUUGUUGAUUAAUGUAUGAGAAUGCAGGACAUGUUUGUGAAAAGUGGUUUAAUAUAGUCUUUGUGUGCUUCUAAAAAAAAAAAAAGAAAAAAAA